AUGUUCGCCCUGGCUCAGUUCGGAGCGCUGUCGGCCCUGGCCGCCGCGCUCACCUCGGUGCUGUCCGCCCUGCUGCUGCUGGCGCUGACCAAGCAGCUGUGGAGCCUCCGCUGGAGCUUCACCCGGGACAAAGAGAGCAGCCUCCCGCUGCCGAAGGGCUCCAUGGGCUGGCCGCUGGUCGGCGAGACCUUCCACUGGCUCUUCCAGGGCUCAAAUUUCCACAUCUCCCGGCGAGAGCGGCAUGGUAAUGUGUUUAAGACUCACCUCCUGGGAAAACCUGUCAUCCGGGUCACUGGUGCUGAAAACAUCCGCAAGAUCCUGCUGGGCGAGCACAGCCUGGUGUGCACGCAGUGGCCGCAGAGCACCCGCAUCAUCCUGGGACCCAACACCCUCGUCAACUCCAUCGGUGAUCUGCACAAGAAGAAGAGAAAAAUCCUGGCUAAAGUGUUUAGCCGGGGGGCUCUGGAGUCCUACCUGCCCCGGCUGCAGGACGUGGUCAAGUCUGAAAUCGCCAAGUGGUGCUCGGAGCCCGGCGCCGUGGACGUUUACGCCGCCGCCAAGUCGCUGACCUUCCGCAUCGCCGUCAGGGUGCUGCUGGGCCUGGAGAUGGAGGAGGAGCGGAUCGUUUACCUGGCUCAGAUCUUCGAGCAGCUGAUGAACAACCUGUUCUCCCUCCCCAUCGACGCCCCGCUCAGCGGCCUGCGCAAGGGGAUAAAAGCCAGGGAGAUUCUGCACGCCAACAUGGCCAAGAUCAUCGAGGAGAAGCUGGAGAGGCAGCAGGCCGAGGAGGAAUACUGCGACGCCUUCGACUACAUGCUGUCCAGCUCCAAGGAGCUCGGCCACCAGCUCAGCGUCCAGGAGCUCAAGGAAACAGCAGUCGAGUUGAUCUUCGCCGCUCACUCCACCACAGCCAGCGCCUCCACCUCUCUGGUGCUGCAGCUCCUUCGACACCCGGCGGUGGUGGAGCGGGCGAGGGCCGAGCUGGAGAACGAGGGCCUCGGCUACGACUCCCACGACAGCCGCAUCCCAUCCGGCGUCACCACGGAGACAGAGAGGGACACCUCCGCCGAGACGUCCUGCCUCCUGAACGGAGGGAGUCAAACUCAUCAGUACGAUCAAGCUGACAGGAAUGGCUUCCCGCCGUCCCAGUCACACGUUCCGCAUCUGACCCUGGAGAAACUGAGCCAGCUCCGCUACAUGGACUGCGUGGUCAAAGAGGUGCUCCGCUUCCUGCCGCCGGUCUCCGGUGGUUACCGGACAGCCCUGCAGACGUUUGAGUUGGACGGUUACCAGAUCCCAAAAGGCUGGAGCGUCAUGUACAGCAUCCGGGACACCCACGAGACCGCCGCGGUCUUCCAGAGCCCGGAGCUGUUCGACCCGGACCGGUUCGGCGCGGACCGGGAGGAGAGCCGGUCGUCCCGGUUCAGCUACGUGCCGUUUGGCGGCGGCGUGCGGAGCUGCGUGGGGAAGGAGCUGGCGCAGAUCAUCCUAAAGACUCUGGCUGUGGAACUGAUUGGGACCUGCAAAUGGACCCUGGCCACGGAAACCUUCCCCAAGAUGCAGACCGUGCCCAUCGUGCACCCGGUGAACGGGCUGCAUGUGCAUUUCAGUUACAACUACAACCUGGUUUAG